AUGUCGAUAGUCAUACGAAUAUCACUACUUUUGACUCGACUUAUUUUUUCUAAUUGUGCAGUUUCAGAUAGCAACUUACGCGUUGGAGAGUCCUGGAGCAAAAGGUUCUGUAACUGGAAUAAAAUAACACUUCCAGAAAAAACUGAAGUAGACUUUCCCAAUUUAAUAGUUGGGAUGGCUACAGGUUCCUCGUAUACUUUUGAUAAGCUUGUGCCAUUUUGCAAAAGUGCUCGCCUGGCGGGAUUUCGUGGUGCAAUUAUAAUAGGUAUAACGCAACUGCAAGGAUUUCAUGAAAGGAAAAGAAAGAAAGUGUUUGAUAAGUUCAAUAUAACUGGGGUCUAUCUAAAUGGUCUAAAAGGAGAUGAGUGGGGGCAAUCCACCUGUAGAUAUCAUGCGUAUUUGAAACUUAUACUUCAUUUUGCGAGCGAAAGUGACUCAAUUCUUGUUAGCGAUGUUCGAGAUGUUUUUUUCCAAGCUGAACCCUUUUUAUCUGUACCUUUUGGUGCAGCAAAUUUUCUGAAUACAUCUGCGCAAGUUCUUCUUUUUAGCGAAGGAUUGAACGAUAUCACUAUUCAUAAGGCCACUCUUCGAAAUACAAGAGUAAAUUUCAGAUGGAUUUUGAAUAUAUACGGUCCGAAAAAAUCAAAUUUAAUCGCUAGUAAUACCGUACUCUGUAGUGGUACAACAAUAGGAAGUAAAUCGGGUAUGCUUUAUUAUACCAGAGCAAUGCUUUAUGAAGCUUAUCAAUGUCUUCGGAGAAAUCCAAAAAAAGUUGAUGGGAAGAGGGGACACGUCUGCUCUGGAGGAGCCGACCAAGGCUUCCAUAACUACUUAUUUUGGAAUAAUAUGUUGAAUGCUUCUGUCGCACUUUGUAAUGCAGCUGGACCUGUAUAUACAAUAGGAGUAUUCAGGGGAAAACCAGUUCGAUCUCUGAACUUUGAACGGAAUACUGACGGUGAAGUCAUUUCACCUUCUGAAAGAGGAGUUCAGCAUCCAGUUCCAGUUAUUCAUCAGUGGGAUCGGCACGCGGAACUACUGGAGCAUGUUUUUCAAAAGUUUGAUUUGUUAUCCGAGGGUGUUUCCGUGCGUACAUUGAGCUCUCACUUAUUAGAUGGAAGUUUCAGUGGAAAAGUUCGGAAGAAAUCGAGAGGGUUGUGA